AUGGAAGCGACGGCGUCGACGUACCCGCCCCCGCCGCCCUACUACAAGCUCUAUGCCGCGUACGACCCUCACACGCGCACAGGCGGCCCGCCCCCGCCUCCCGCCAUCGCCGGCGACUACGUGUCCUUCGGAGCGCCGUACAACACGGAGGAUCGGCUGCCGAGCCUGGAGGAGCAGGGCGUGCGACAGCUGUUCCCCUCCACCAAGAACAUCAACACUCGCGCAGAGCUGAAGGCACUGGGGCGGGAAUUAGGCCUGCUGGUGCUGGAGCUGGCGGACGUGCUGGUGGAGCGACCAUCACAGGCAGGGCGGUGUGUGGAGGAUAUCUCGCUGCUCUUCACCAACCUGCACUUCCUCCUCAACUCGCUGCGCCCCCACCAGGCGCGGGCAACACUAACACACAUACUCAAGACGCAGCUGGAGAUGCGAAAGCAGUCCUUACAAGGCAUCAAGGAGCAGCGAGCGGCGGUGUGGGAGGUGCUGCGGCUGGCAGUGGGAGAGGUGGAGCAGGCCACACGAGAGGAGGCUGGAGCAGGGGGCGCAGGUGGGGAUAGCAAAGGUGGUACAGAGGGGGCAGAGGUGGAGGGAGGGGGGAGCGGCAAGCAGUAA